GGAACACAAAGACAACACAACUGACAACAGAAAAUCUCACGCGGAGAACACUAUACUGUACACACAAGUCCUCUUUUUUUCUUCCCUCUCUUCUCUUUUUUCUUCUUCUUCUUCUUCUCCUUCUUCUCACUUCCCUCACAUACCCAAAUUUCGCUUCUUCUCUCUCUAGGGUUUCGGAGGAUCAUAAGUACCUUCGAAUUCUCACCUUCUUCCAAUAAAACGUGAUUCUCUUCGGUUCAAGCUCAAUUUUUAGUUCUCUUAAUCCCUAUAAGUAUCUCGAUAAUUUAAUUCCGCGGCUUCGCGCCACUGCUUCCCACGGUUUUUGCCUCCGGACAAGAAAGCUUUCAAGCUGAGGACUCGAAGUUACAUUGGUAAUGUGCACAAAGGAUGGUAGUUAGUGUGUGAAGUGCCCAACACUGACGUUGAGGAAAUGGAUUCGGCGAGGAGUUGGUUUCAGAAGUUUCAGCCUCGUGAUAAAACAAAAGGGUUUGGAAAGAAGAAGGAGGAUGAUAACAACGGAGGAGGAGCAGACGAUUCGAGUGUAGUGGUUGAUGAAGCUUCUCUUUCCAAUGACACAAAGCAGAAGGUUGCAGCAGCAAAGCAGUAUAUUGAAAACCAUUACAAGGAGCAAAUGAAGAAUCUUCAGGAGAGGAAGGAGCGUCGUACCUUUUUGGAAAAGAAGUUGGCUGAUGCUGAUGUCUCUGAGGAAGAUCAAAACAACCUACUUAAAUUUUUGGAAAAAAAGGAAACUGAAUAUAUGCGCCUUCAAAGGCAUAAGAUGGGAGUUGAUGAUUUUGAAUUGCUGACUAUGAUUGGCAAAGGUGCAUUUGGUGAGUUUAUGCAAUGAAAAAGCUAAAGAAAUCAGAGAUGCUUCGCAGAGGCCAGGUUGAACAUGUCAGAGCUGAAAGGAAUCUACUUGCUGAGGUUGACAGCAAUUGCAUAGUCAAACUGUAUUGUUCUUUUCAGGAUGAUGAGCAUCUAUAUCUUAUUAUGGAGUACCUUCCAGGUGGGGAUAUGAUGACACUGCUUAUGAGAAAGGAUACCUUGACAGAAGAUGAAGCCAGAUUUUAUGUAGCAGAAACAAUUCUGGCUAUUGAAUCUAUACAUAAACACAAUUAUAUACAUAGGGAUAUCAAGCCUGACAACUUAAUACUGGAUAGAUAUGGACACUUGAGACUGUCUGAUUUUGGACUUUGUAAACCAUUAGAUUGUAGUACAAUUGCAGAAGGGGAUUUUUCUGUGGUUCCGAAUGUGAAUGGAUCUAAUGAACGUGUUAUUUCAAAACGCACACAGCGAGAACAAUUACAACACUGGCAACAGAACAGGAGGACACUUGCUUAUUCCACUGUUGGUACACCAGAUUAUAUUGCUCCAGAAGUUCUAUUGAAGAAAGGUUAUGGAAUGGAAUGUGAUUGGUGGUCACUUGGAGCUAUUAUGUAUGAGAUGCUGGUAGGAUAUCCACCAUUUUAUUCUGAUGAUCCGAUGACAACAUGUAGGAAGAUAGUAAACUGGAGAUCUCACUUGAAAUUUCCCGAAGAAGCAAGGCUGUCCCGAGAGGCUAAAGAUCUAAUUUGUAAACUUCUGUGCAAUGUAAACCACAGGUUGGGGUCCAAAGGUGCAGAUGAAAUAAAGGCUCACCCAUUCUUCAAUGGUGUUGAAUGGGAUAAGCUGUAUCAAAUAGAAGCUGCAUUUAUUCCAGAAGUAAAUAAUGAGCUAGAUACUCAGAACUUUGAGAAGUUUGAAGAGUCAGACAUCCAAACUCAAUCAUCAUCAAGACAUGGUCCGUGGAGGAAGAUGCUUUCAUCUAAGGACUUGAAUUUUGUUGGAUACACAUACAAGAACUUUGAAAUUGUCAACGACUAUCAAGUUCCUGGGAUGGCUGAACUAAAGAGGAAACAGAACAAAACAAAUAGGCCAUCCAUUAAGUCACUCUUUGAGUCUGAUUCAGAGAUAUCAGAAUUAUCUGAAGUUCCUGAAACAUCUUCAACCAGACAAUCUUCUCAAGGAAGCUUUAUGAAGCUCUUGCCACCCCAAUUAGAGGUAUCUAACAGUGAGAAGAGGAUUUCUCCUAAGUCAUAACAAACAAGUCAAUAGUAAUGUUGGAGCCAUACAUAACUCAUGCCCUAGCAUUUUGACCAGUUACAUGUUUUAAAAUCACUUUUGAUGCUAUAUUACAUAACUAAUGGUUUAAGAGGAAAAUUUGAAGAUCAAAGUGCUCUAUCUCAAGGUGGCUUGAGAUGAGUGCUGUUUUUCAGUGGCUACUACAAAUUGAAUUGUAAAUCUUACAGUAUGCAUUGUCAAAAUAUGUUAGAGAGUAAAACUGAUACCUGUCGAUGUCAGUGUCUCAGUGAAUACCGGAUACCAAUGUAUAUUCAUGUUUUUCUUUUUACAUUGAUGAUAGCAAAAGCCUUUGUCCCACUAUAACAUUGGAGUGCAAUGACUGGCAUGUUAAUUGUGCUGAACUUGACAUUUGUGAAUUAUUUUUUUUUUAAAUUCUAAAAUCUGUAACUUGUUAACU